CCUCUAGUCGUUGACAGUUACACACUACACUCAAAGUGAGAGAGAGAGACAAAGGAGAGAGAAAGUGAGGAAAGAGAGAGAGGGAAUUGUAAAAUAAAAGAAAAAUGCAAUCACAAGAAGAAUCCCAAGACCAAGAGGAGAUAAAAAAGAAAGGCAUAGAGCAAUGGAAAUGGUCUGAAAUGCAAGGUCUUGAACUUAUAUCAGAACACCCAACUCCAAUUUCAAAUCAAAAUCAAAACUUGGACCCAGUAACUGAAGAAGACACACAACCUCAAAACACCCAACAGAAAAGAGUACAAAUGGAAAGUGAGGGGCAAAACAGUAAUAAAGAUGAGAAGGAGAAAAGCAGCAGUGCAGCAACAGUUGGGUUUGGAGAGUUGUUUAGGUUUGCAGAUGGAUUAGAUUAUGUAUUAAUGGGAAUUGGAACAAUUGGUGCCUUUGUUCAUGGCUGUUCUUUGCCAAUUUUCCUAAGAUUCUUUGCUGAUCUUGUUAAUUCAUUUGGGUCCAAUGCCAAUAACAUUGAUAAAAUGUCUCAAGAAGUGUUAAAGUAUGCAUUAUACUUUCUUGUGGUUGGAGCUGCAAUAUGGGCAUCUUCAUGGGCAGAGAUAUCAUGUUGGAUGUAUACAGGAGAGAGACAGUCAACAAAAAUGAGGAUCAAAUACUUAGAAGCAGCAUUGAGUCAAGACAUACAGUUCUUUGACACAGAAGUCAGAACUUCAGAUGUUGUGUUUGCUAUCAACACUGAUGCUGUUAUGGUCCAAGAUGCCAUCAGUGAGAAGUUGGGGAAUUUCAUACACUAUAUGGCAACAUUUGUUUCUGGUUUUGUUGUGGGAUUCACUGCAGUUUGGCAGUUGGCACUGGUUACACUAGCUGUGGUGCCUCUUAUUGCAGUUAUUGGAGGUAUUCAUGCCACCACUUUAGCUAAACUUUCUUCUAAAAGUCAACAUGCUCUUUCACAAGCUGGAAACAUUGCAGAGCAGACGAUUGUACAAAUUCGGACCGUUUUGGCAUACGUUGGAGAAUCAAGAGCAUUACAAGCUUAUUCCUCUGCAUUAAAGAUCUCACAAAGACUCGGAUACAAAACCGGAUUUUCUAAAGGAUUUGGAUUAGGAGCAACAUAUUUCACCGUCUUUUGUUGUUAUGCACUUCUUUUAUGGUAUGGAGGCUACCUUGUUCGACACAAUCACACCAAUGGAGGACUUGCUAUUGCCACUAUGUUCUCUGUCAUGAUUGGAGGCCUUGCUUUAGGCCAAUCCGCCCCGAGUAUGUCUGCAUUCGCAAAAGCUCGAGUAGCCGCAGCAAAAAUAUUUCGAAUAAUCGAUCACAAACCGAGCGUUGACAAAGACGAUGAAUCGGGCGUUGAGUUAGGCUCUGUUUCAGGGCUUGUAGAACUCAAGAAUGUCAGUUUUGCAUACCCUUCAAGACCAGAUGUUAAAAUUCUCAAUAAUUUUAGUUUAAGUGUUCCUGCUGGAAAGACCAUUGCUUUAGUUGGAAGCAGUGGUUCUGGAAAAAGCACAGUGGUUUCCCUCAUUGAAAGGUUUUAUGAUCCUACUUCAGGACAAGUAAUGCUAGAUGGGCAUGACAUUAAGAGGCUGAAAUUAAAAUGGUUACGACAACAAAUCGGGUUGGUUAGUCAAGAGCCCGCACUCUUCGCUACAACGAUUCAAGAAAACAUACUUUUGGGUCGACCUGAUGCAUCGACGGUCGAGAUUGAGGAAGCCGCUCGUGUGUCAAACGCUCAUUCGUUCAUCAUUAAAUUACCAGACGCGUAUGAUACUCAGGUUGGGGAGAGGGGAUUACAACUAUCCGGUGGUCAAAAGCAGAGGAUAGCGAUAGCAAGGGCAAUGUUAAAAAAUCCCGCAAUCUUGCUUUUAGAUGAAGCGACGAGUGCUUUGGAUUCCGAAUCUGAAAAACUGGUUCAAGAGGCGUUGGACCGGUUCAUGAUUGGGAGGACAACUCUUGUGAUCGCCCACCGUCUCUCCACCAUACGUAAGGCGGAUCUCGUGGUGGUUUUACAGCAGGGUGGUGUUUUGGAAAUGGGAACUCAUGAUGAGCUUUUUGCAAAAGGCGAAAAUGGUGCAUAUGCUAAGCUUAUAAAGAUGCAAGAAAUAGCCCAUGAAACUGCCAUGAUUAAUGCCAGAAAGAGUAGUGCGAGGCCUUCAAGUGCAAGGAACUCAGUGAGUUCACCUAUAAUCACCCGGAACUCGUCUUAUGGUCGAUCACCAUACUCCCGACGGUUAUCAGAUUUCUCGACAUCGGACUUCAGUCUAUCAAUUGAAGGUGGAUAUCCUAGUUACCGCCACGAGAAGCUCCCGUUUAAGAUGCAAGCAAGUUCCUUCUGGAGGCUAGCAAAAAUGAACUCACCCGAAUGGACAUACGCCUUGAUCGGCUCGGUGGGGUCCGUGAUUUGCGGGUCACUCAGCGCCUUUUUCGCUUACGUCCUAAGUGCUGUCCUCAGCGUGUACUACAACCCAAACCACGCUUACAUGAUUAAAGAAAUUGGGAAAUACUGUUAUCUGCUGAUCGGGGUGUCAUCGGCUGCACUCAUUUUCAACACUUUGCAGCAUUUUUUCUGGGAUGUGGUCGGAGAAAACUUGACUAAACGGGUUCGAGAGAAAAUGCUGGCUGCCGUUUUGAGGAAUGAAAUGGCGUGGUUCGAUCAGGAGGAGAAUGAGAGCUCAAGAAUUGCGGCUAGGUUGUCUCUCGAUGCUAAUAAUGUCCGGUCGGCAAUCGGUGAUCGGAUUUCGGUGAUUAUGCAGAAUUCGGCGCUCAUGUUGGUGGCCUGCACCGCCGGUUUUGUCCUUCAGUGGCGUCUUGCACUUGUUCUUGUUGCUGUUUUCCCACUGGUGGUUGCAGCUACUGUUUUGCAGAAAAUGUUUAUGCAAGGAUUUUCGGGCGACUUGGAAGGUGCUCAUGCGAAAGCAACACAGUUAGCAGGGGAGGCGGUAGCCAAUAUGAGAACGGUGGCUGCGUUCAACUCCGAGGCGAAAAUUGUCAACCUUUUUACGAUAAGUCUCGAGAAGCCGCUUCGCAGAUGUUUCUGGAAGGGACAGAUAGCCGGGAUUGGGUUCGGGAUAGCUCAGUUUCUGCUCUAUGCUUCUUAUGCUAUUGGCCUUUGGUAUGCAUCUUGGCUCGUUAAGCACGGUAUCUCCGACUUCUCAAAGACUAUACGGGUGUUCAUGGUUCUCAUGGUCUCCGCGAAUGGUGCAGCCGAGACUCUAACUCUUGCUCCUGAUUUCAUCAAGGGCGGUCGAGCGAUGAAGUCAGUUUUCGAUCUUUUAGACCGGAGAACCGAGAUUGAGCCCGAUGAGGUAGACUCGAUCCCUGUCCCUGACCGUCUCCGAGGUGAAGUUGAACUCAAACAUGUUGACUUUUCUUACCCGACUCGCCCAGAUGUCCUCGUGUUCCGUGACCUCUGUCUUCGAGCUCGAGGCGGAAAAACGCUCGCCUUAGUCGGCCCGAGCGGUUGUGGGAAGAGCUCGGUGAUAGCGUUGAUACAACGAUUCUACGAACCAUCAUCGGGACGCGUGAUGAUAGACGGAAAAGAUAUCAGGAAAUAUAACUUAAAGUCAUUAAGGCGCCACAUCGCGGUCGUCCCACAAGAACCGUGCCUAUUUGCCACCACGAUCUAUGACAACAUUGCAUAUGGACACGAAUCAGCAAGUGAAAGUGACAUCAUCGAAGCAGCGACCCUUGCUAACGCGCACAAGUUCAUCUCCGCAUUACCCGACGGCUACAAAACAUUUGUCGGGGAACGCGGAGUGCAGCUUUCCGGCGGUCAAAAGCAGAGAGUCGCCAUCGCGAGGGCGUUUUUAAGGAAAGCCGAGGUGAUGCUACUAGACGAAGCUACAAGUGCACUCGAUGCAGAGUCGGAGAAAUGCAUUCAAGAGGCUCUCGAGCGUGUCUGCUCAGGGAAAACGACGAUCGUUGUAGCACAUAGACUAUCAACUAUACGAAAUGCGCAUGUUAUCGCGGUGAUUGAUGAUGGGAAAGUGGCUGAACAAGGGUCUCACUCGCAUCUGUUGAAAAACUACCCCGAUGGGUGUUACGCGAAAAUGAUACAGUUGCAAAGAUUCUCACAUGGGGAGGCUGCGAAUAUGGCUUCGGGGGGUUUGGGUUCGAGUUCUAAACGCCAGAUAGAUGGGUAGUGAAAAAAAAACUGUCACAUUUUAAUCAUACAAACAACUUGAUUUUUGAAUAUUUUUGGUGUUGUAUAAUCUGGUAUAGUAAUAGUAAUAUUGAUAGUAGCAUAUUAACAGUAACAGUUAUUAAAGAAUAUUAUAGUUUGUGUUCA